UUGAGUAUUGAUGAUGUCACGAAGAUUGUAACAACCUACGAAUCGGUGAAACAGCAGGCCGAAUCGAUGAGCAUUCAUGCCGCUACUUCUGCAAAUCCUUCGACUACCUAUGAACCAUUCGAAGGUAUAAAUAGAAUUCAGCAAAACUCCUCAAAAGAGUGCACACGGUGUGGGCGUAGAGGGCAUUUUGCGACAGACAUUUCCUGUCCUGCUCGCGGUAAAGAGUGCAAUAAAUGUAAGCGAAUAGGGCACUUCGCAACUCAGUGCCGCACCGUUCUAACAUCGAAACGGAAAUACGUAGGUACGACUCGGGGCGGGAAACGAUUCCAACCCGAGCGGGUUCGUGAAAUUGAAGUUUACAAACGUGACGAAGAUAAAUGUAAUGAGAGCACAAGUCAAAACUUCAUAUUCCAAAUCAGUGAUGGAGACGAGUUACUAUGGCUAGAUGUCGGAGGCGUUCUGCUGCAAGUUCUAGUUGAUUCAGGAUGCAAACAGAAUAUAAUCGAUGAGAAGUCUUGGGAAUAUCUGAAAGCCAAUUCAGCCAAGGUCUGGAACCAACAAAAAGAAUGUGAUGAGGUUUUCUUGCCGUACGGUGAUCAGGCAAAACCAUUAACUGUACUGGGUAAAUUUGAAACCCUGGUGAAAAUUGUAGACGCAGGGCAGGUUUAUGAGAAGGAAACAACGUUCUACGUUGUUAAAGGUGGACAGCAAUGUUUACUAGGUCGUGCAACUGCUACAGAUUUGGGGGUGUUGGUCAUUGGCAUGCCUAGUUCACAUGGAGUGGCGUCGCUUAAAAUGACCUCCAAAUAUUGUUUCCCUAAAAUGAAAGGUAUCAAGGUUAGUAUUCCCAUCGAUCCCACGGUCAACCCAGUUUGUCAACAUCCCCGAAGGCCACCUAUUGCGCUUACGACCAGAAUAGAAGAGAAAUUAAAAUCCUUACUUGCCAAUGACAUCAUUGAACCGGUUGAAGGGGGUUGCCAAUGGGUGUCCCCGUUAGUUACAGUGGUAAAAGACAACGGCGACUUACGCCUAUGCGUAGACAUGCGUAGAGCAAACGCGGCAAUCCUCAGAGAAAGACACAUGAUGCCAACUAUUGAGGAUUUUCUUCCCAGAUUCACGUCAGCAAACUUUUUUAGUAGGCUAGACAUAAAAGAGGCUUUUCACCAAGUCGAAUUAGAUGAAAGCAGCCGGUACAUUACAACGUUUAUCACGCACAUUGGUUUAUUUCGAUAUAAACGACUCAUGUACGGUAUAGUUAUUGCACCGGAGAUAUUCCAGCGGAUUCUUGAGCAGAUCCUUAGCCGCUGCAGUAAAUUUGCUGUCAACUUCAUUGAUGACAUUUUUAUCUUCACGGAAACUGAAGAGAAACACGAUGAAGCUCUAAAAGUUGUACUGUCUACACUCCGUGAUUAUGGGGUACUGUUGAACAAGGACAAAUGUAUAUUCAAGGUUACGACAUUGGAUUUUUUGGGUCAUACCAUUUCAUCGGAGGGUAUACUACCAUCGAGUAAAAAGAUCGAAGCACUGACAAAGUUUCGCCCCCCCACCAAUCAAGAAGAGUUGCGAAGCUUCCUUGGUCUAGUGACUUAUAUAGGACGUUUUCUACCAGACCUAGCGACCACAACUGCGCCUCUACGAGAACUUACGCAUUCUGGGGUGAAAUUUUCUUGGGGAGAAGACCAACGACAAGCAUUUGAAAAACUAAUUAAAAUGAUUGCUGAUGUCAAACUCCUAAGAUUCUUUGAUAACUCUCUAAGAACGCGUGUUAUCGCCGACGCUUCACCAGUGGCUCUUGGAGCCGUUCUGCUUCAGUUUGAGGGUACAACAGAUGAUGAUCCUCGUCCGAUUGCAUAUGCGAGCAAAAGUCUAACACCAACUGAACGCAGAUACUGCCAAACCGAGAAGGAAGCUCUCGCGUUGGUUUGGGCAGUGGAGCGUUUUUCGUGCUACCUGUUGGGCCGCACUUUCGAGCUGGAAACGGACCACAAGCCGUUGGAAGCAAUAUUCAAACCGACUUCUCGACCGUGCUCAAGAAUAGAACGAUGGGUGCUCCGUUUGCAAUCGUUUUCUUUCACCGUAAAGUAUCGCAAGGGUUCGAGUAAUAUUGCGGACCCGUUAUCGCGACUAGUGGUUGAAAAUGUAUGUGAGGAUUUCGACGCUGAGAAUAAGUUUAUGGUCCUGGCGAUUCUAGAAUCAGCAGCGAUCGACAUCGAAGAGCUUGAGGAGUCAACGGAAACAGAUCCAAUUCUAGCUGCGGUAAAAAAGUGUCUAUACUUGGGCUUGUGGGAUACACCAGAAGUCAAACCAUACGCACCGUUCAAAAGCGAGUUGGGGUUGGUAGGAAAUGUGAUUGUCCGUGGCGACAAACUAGUCGUGCCGCUGAAGUUGCGGUCAAGAAUGUUGGAUUUGGCUCACGAAGGGCACCCUGGCGAAUCCGUCAUGAAACGUCGCCUAAGGGAUCGAGUUUGGUGGCCUGGGAUGGAUCGCGAAGUUACCAGUCGCGUUGUAAAUUGUGAAGGAUGUCGUUUAGUCUCAAUUCCAAACAAACCUGAACCAAUGCUUCGGCGGCAAUUGCCGUGCAAACCAUGGGUCGAUAUAGCCAUCGAUUUCUUGGGACCAAUGCCAAGUGGUGUAUACUUACUGGUGGUUAUCGACUACUAUAGUCGUUACAAAGAAGUUGAGAUUAUGCACAAGAUCACGGCUAAAGAAACGGUUACAAGGUUGAACAGCAUCUUCACUCGUUUAGGUUACCCACGAACGAUUACGUUAGACAAUGCAAAACAAUUUGUUGGCAUUGAACUCGAGGAAUACAGCCGGAAGCAUGGCAUACACUUGAACCACUCGACACCAUAUUGGCCCCAGGAAAAUGGGCUGGUAGAAAGGCAGAAUAGGUCACUACUAAAACGGCUGCAAAUCAGUAAUGCCCUUGGUAGGAAUUGGGUCCAAGAUCUACAAGAGUACUUAGUGAUGUACUACACCACACCGCAUUCAACGACAGGCCGCACUCCAACCGAACUCCUCUACGGCAGGACAAUCAGAUCCAAAAUCCCAGCUUUUCAGGACAUCGAGACGGCGCCAUCUUUUUCGGAUGUUGCAGACAGAGAUCGUUUGUUAAAGGAUAAGGGGAAGGAAAAUGAGGAUAUACGUAGAAGAGCACGGAAAUCGUCAAUUGAUCUCGGAGACACCGUAUUGAUGCAGAACCUCUUGCCUGGCAAUAAGCUCCAAACAACAUUUGGUCAAAAAGAGUACAAGGUAGUAGAUCGUUCCGGACCACGAGUAACAAUUGAGGAUUUGGAAAGCGGGAAAUCGUACGACCGAAACGUUUCCCAUUUAAAGAAAGUACCAGAACCAGCACAAGUUUCUACAGACGUUACAGAAACUCCAAAGGAUGAUAUUCAGCGAGCUAUGAUCCAAGAAGUAAGUGACGACACUUCAGAGGAGGAUUUCGCCGGUUUCGAAAAUGAGGCAGCAACAGUUAGAACAUCAGUUCAGGAGUCGAUAAACAGGAAACAGAGAACUCGCAAACCGCCGACUAGAUUUAAUGAUUACCAACUUUGAUACUUAAUUUGAUAAAAGGGGAGAUGUGGUGCCUA